AGUGCUUUCAUACUCAACACUUUCAGUUGUUCUUUCUCACCCUUGUGAUUCAGUAUUUUUAAGCCUUUUGGUGUUUUCUAGUUUCCAGAAAAAUUCAGGAGAAUCUGAAGAUGAAAAUUUGUACAGAGAAUGAUGGAUUAUAUUAUGGCCCACAUCCAAGCUUGGUUUGUUCUGGCAAUUUCAGACAGAAUACAACGCAAGCCUGGUUCGAGAGCAAUACAAGGCACAAUGCAAAAACUAUGGCCUUCAACAAGGACAUACGCAACCAGCGAUUGGUACAAACCAACUUGACCUGCGUUUCUCAGAGCUAUGGGCAGCCAGUGGUGUUUCCACUACCGGCAACAGUUUCACACUGUGGACAGCAAUCCAAUGUAGAACCCUUCAGACAGAAGCCUAAACUUGGAAACUCCAUGAGGGACAGAGGCAAUACAAACUCUAUGUCGCUCGUAGAAUCCAAGGUUUUACCAACAGAGUGGGGAUCAUAUUCACAGGAUUCUGAGAGAAAUAUAAACAUUAAUCGGAGUAAGGGAUCUGCUGAGAUUAAGAAAGAAACCCACAGGAAGCAGAAGAAAUACUUUCAUGGGGAUGAGAAUUUGCCUCCAACAAGGUUAAGCAGUCAAGAUGUUUGUGGCACAUAUCUCUCGCACGUCUUUGAGAAUCAUUAUGAUUCAAUGAGUUUUGAUUCUCCAAAUAACGUCAGCCAAUCGUUGAUAAAUGGGCAACCCAAUGCACAACGCUCUGUUUUGAAAUCAUCCCGAACAUCUGCAAGUCUGCAUCACUCAAUGAUCAGGCUCAGUGAUAGUGACUAUAAAGCAAGACACAUUUCAAGCAAAGAUGCACACACUAAUUUGGCCCACUACCCUUUAGACUAUUUACAUUUUCCUCUUGGUAAUGAAAGAGAGGAAUCUUCAGUAAAAAUGUAUCCAAAUAAAACAAAAAGCCAAGAUAUAUCAAAGACACCGGACUGCGAUUGUUCGGUUUUAUAUAACGAUUGUCUUCUGAAUGAUAAAUGUUCACAUCCUGUGUUGCAUGUGCCUGAACUUUGUUCAAAUAUCAAGAGUUGGUUGUGCCCUCCUGGGCUAACAUGCAUUUAUGGCAGACAUGAGAUUGCUGCCAGUGGUAUGAUAAUUUCUGAAUCAGAGGUUUCUGUAGGUGACUGUCACAAAACCUCCCAUGUUAUUGCCUCUGAUAGGAAGAUCCAGGAAAUGACUGGCACACUAACAUUUUCCCAAAAGGACAUAAAAGGCUUGCAUCACCCUUGUGCUUUGCGUCGAACAUGUGCAGGUAUUUUAUGUUAUAUUCCAACAAAGUCAAUAGACUUGUCUGACUCUGUGAUUGAAAUGGAGACUAAUCGGAGAAUGCCAGAUGAAGGAAAAAAAUCAGGUACUGAAGACAUGUUUUCAAAUGACGUGGAAAAUGAGAAAAUGUUAUCAGAAAAGUCUAUGGACUCCAGCCUGAAACAUCGAGUUAAACCCCGUUAUCCUGGCAUCAUUAGUAAUAUUUACAACAAACACCACAGAACUAUGAAUGAUUUGCGGAAACAGGAGUCUGGCCAAAGCCCAGUUUAUGGAGGUCUCUCCCUGGCACCGUGUGAGAACAAUUCAACUUCGGGAGAUUUCUGCAGCAAGGAAGAGGGGGAAGAAAUACUUGAUCUGGAGACCAUAGCGGAUGAAAACGGAGCAGUGGAAAUGAAUCCAAAUUCAGAUUAUUCAGAGAAUUCCACUCCUUGGCGAGGAGAGGGAAAUAACGAUGGAAAAAACUUUAACAUGACAGUGGCAGAUAAUACAACUUCUUUCAGCUGGGAACAUGAACCAAUCCUAAUGGUAUCUUUAAAAUGUAAUGUCACAACAAAGAAGCUCCUGCAAACAUUCCCACCGAUGGACAGCCAGAUGUUACAGAGAACUAAAUAUCGAGGAUUUUCUUUGGAUGAUAGGACAAAGAUACCCGUGAAAAGGUAAAGCAUUGUGUGGGGAAUAAGUGAAAGAUAUUUAAGACUGCUUGAUACAAGUACAGGCAGUUUUCAGUCCCCACCAAAACAGUCAAGACAAUAGAGGGUUUGGAAACAGAAUUUCAGUUUUAUUUGCACCAACAGUCUAGAAACCAUACAACAAAGGAACAGUUAGGAAAAAA